AUGAGCCGUGACGCCGUCAGCAGGUCUGCCACCGCGCAUGGUAAAUUUCCUCCCAGCACAGUAUUAACCAAGGCGUGCAGAUGGGUGCUGACCAAUGCGUUGGUGACUGCCGCGUCGCGCAGAUGCUCGAAUGUCGUGCCAGACGGCCCGGCCCCCACUCCGUUGUCGCAUCUUCCCAGCAUUUUAGCAAAUUCAGUGUGGGUGAUGGUCAACUUUGACCCACGUGUGUCAGGCCAAUCGUCUGUCUCCUCGCUUCGCGGUUUCUUUGCUCUCGCGAUGGUGAUUGCUGGUGCUGACGAGCCGUCGCCAGAGCUCGCUGACUCCUGGUCGGCUGUGGUCGCCAAGCCCCCGUCGGAACCUGAAGGGGCGACCAUGGCGAUGAAGCCCGCUCGCCCUCCAGCUCCGAAGCCCGCGUCAGCAGCCUCUGAAAUGCCUCUUCCCCUCGUACCCGAUGCUCCUGCUGCUGUGGCUGCCCUUGUCCAGUCCGCGCCUGUUGCGGCUCCUCCCCUUCCGGCUGCUGCUCCUGCUCCGCCGGCUGAUUCUUCUGCACCACCGGGACCUGCGCUUGCUGGUGCGGUUGCUGAUCCCCCGAUUCCCGUACCUGGCGCUCCCGUUGCGCCAUCCGUUUCUGCCCCCGCCGAGCCUGCUCCGGAGUCUGCUUUGUCGCCAAAGGCGGAGUCCGCCACCACUGGCGCCCCGGCUCCGCUGGUUUUGCCCGCUGUGGCGCCAGCUGGUGCGCCGGCGGCCUCGGCAGCUCAGCCGCCGCGCCUCCCGUCACCUGACCGUCGACUGUCUCGGCCUCACUCCCCUGCGCCCCAGCAGGAGCGUAGGUCGUCUUGCCGCCGGCGUGACUCACCGCGGCGUUACCAGCAGCAGGCGCACUGGCCUGCGCACCCUGGCGGCCAGGGGGACUGGAGGGGUCCCCGCGGGCGCGGCGGUGGUGGGGGGUAUCGUCCGCCUGUGACGAUGGCGGAUCUUCAGCGGGAAGUGUCAAGGGCUGUUCGUGAGGAGAGGGCAGCGCAGAGCCAGAGUAGUUCGCUGCGCGCAUCGCCAGCCCACGAGGCUCCUCGUUCGGCUGCGCUCCCCCCGAAUCUGCAGCCGGUUGCCGCGCCUCCCCCUCAGAUCCAAGCGCCGCCAGCUCCUUCUCCCGCGGUAACGGCACCUGCUCCUGGCUCUCAUCUUCAUCUGCCGCCUGUUCCGCCCGUUGCGGGAGUGGAAUUUGUAGCCGCUGGUGGCGGUUCGUUGGCGGCACCGUUUGCUCUCCCAGUUGGUGCAGACGAGCCGUUCCAGUUCCUGGCGGAGGCACUCCAGCCUCCGCAGACACGUGUUCCCGAGGCGACCCUCGGACAGCUCCACCGCCUUGCUGACAGUCUCCACGCGCUGUUGCUGAUUCAGGUGCUGGCCCACUCGUCUCUCCCUGUGAUCCCUCCUGAGACCUUCCGUGCUCGCCAACGUGACCCUUGCCUGGACGCGGCGGACCAGCUCGCGGUGCUGCUGGCGCCCGUGUUGGCUGCACCCGCGGAGGGUGGCGCUGCUGCUGCGGGACAGCUUGACGAAGCCGUCCGGGGCUUGAGGAGACACCUGCGCGCAGGAUCAGGAGCCGCGGCGAUCGGCGCAAGCACGCUAGUGGUCCGGGAGCUGUGGCGCUCCCUGACAGGCGUUCUCCGCGCCCUUGGGGCUCACCGCAUGUAG